AAUGACACCGUGCUUUCCGACUCCGCUGUAACCCGACAGCCGCCCACCAGCGUCUCUCUUGUUGUGUUGGGUGGUGGCAGGAAACACGGAAGGAGCAGACCCAACACGAUGGAUUUGGAAAUAUUGAAGUUCAUCUGCGAAAAUAAAGGAUCAGUCGACACUGAUUAUUUGAUGUUUAACCUCGGCUCGGGCCAUGCUAUUAAUGACAUCAUCGGUAAUCAAGAUAAAUUUGCUUUGUGUUGUCCCUUCGGGCAGCCGAAGGUGGUGGCCAGGACCAGGCUGAGGCUGUGCAGAGUAUAUAGCUCGGAGUGUCCGGGGUUCUGCUCCUCGCUGCACAUGUGUAAGAAGUUCCUCUACACCGGAUCCUGUCCGUUCACUCAUAGCAGGACAGGAUGCAGAUUCUCCCAUCAGCUGGACUCAGAUCACAAUAUACCGCUGCUGAGAAUGCAUGAGCUGGAGAGUCUGAGCCGGACGGAGCUGUGCACGCUGCUGCUGCAGAGCGACAACUGGCUCCUGCCUGCCAUAUGUCACAAUUACAACAAUGGUGGCGGGGAGUUCGGCCUGUGUAAGGACGGCUAUGGUUGCAAGAGGCUGCAUAUCUGCGAGAAGUACAUGAACCGCGACUGCAGCUGCGUCAAGAACCAUGAUUUUAAUGCUGGACAGCCACACAAGACCCUGCAGGAGAGAGGCGUGCAUGACGACCUCAUUCCCUCCCUGAGGUCUGCUUAUGCGAACAUAUUGGCUUUGAAGUACGUCGACAGACAAGGGGGCAACUCCUCCACUGGUGAAUCCCCUGCCGCCACUGAUGCGAGCAGCGACGAUGGUUGGAAUCCAGAACAAAGGCAGUGGUACAGAGGGAGAGGGAGAGGUGGCUUCCCGGGCAACAGAGGCAACAGAGGCAACAGAGGUAACAGAGGCAACAGAGGUAACCAAGGUAACAGAGGUAACAGAGGUAACAGAGGCAACAGAGGCAACAGGGGAAACCAGGGCAACAAUGAACCGUCGCCACGAACCUCUUCCCCCGAUGACAUCAACGCUGACAUGGACAAUUUCGAUCUGUACAGCGAAGAUGGACUGAGCGGGGAGCAGCGGCCGCUAAACUCCUCCACCAGUGACAUCUCUGACGAUGGUCAGAACAGAAAACUAAAUCCGAAUAAAACAUCAACCGCUGCUAGAGGGCGCACGGCCAACGACGAUGCCAACAGUGCCGGCGGACCGGGCACGAGGAAAAGGCCCAUCAGAGAUAAAACCGAGAUAUGCAUGUACUUCAUCAAAGGACACUGCAUACAUGAAGACGAGCGAUGCUUUAAAGCCCACGACAAGAUGCCGUACAGAUGGGAGGUCAGAGAGGACGACGGGUGGACCGUCUUGCCUGAUAACGAGACGAUCGAGAAGGACUACUGUGACCCUGAAAACACAUACAGUAGUAGCGGCAGCCCCCCAGUGUAUUUUGACAUGAUGACCCGUGGGUCGAACGCAGUGCGGCGACUCUCCACCGCAAACUCUUUGCUUGAGCCGACCUUCAUCCACACCACUGAGUGGGUUUGGCACUGGGAGGAUGAGUUCGGGAAGUGGAACGUUUACGCUUCAGCUGCUGCUGCACACAAAGCAGCGGACAUGGACAGCGCUACACUGGAGCGGAGGUUUCUGUCCAAUGACAAAGAUGUGGUGGACUUCACCGCUGGUUCACAGUCAUACUCGCUCAGCUUCCAGGACAUGAUACAAACAAACAAGCAGUAUGGCACCAAGAGGGUUGUGAAAAGACGGCCCCAGUUUGUCUCCGCGGCGGAUGUCCUAACAAAGAGAGUGAGACGGCCUCCCGGUCAACAGAAUUUCACCGCUAUUCCCGACAACUGGGACAAGACGCAGGUUCCACAAACAGGAUUCAAGCGAGUCCCCCUCCUGCGCUCCUCGGAUGGAUUUAAGGAGCUUGAGACUCUUUUCUGUCAAACUAUGAGAGGCUUUGACAUUGUCAAAAUAGAGAGGAUUCAGAACAAACCUCUUUGGGAGUUUUUUCAGUGCCAGAAGAAUCAGAUGAAGAACAGCAACAAUGGGCGCAAUGUGACUGAAAAACAGCUUUUUCAUGGCACUGACUCGAAAUACCUAGAUGUCAUCUGCCACACCAACUUUGACUGGCGACUUUGUGGAGUUAAUGGGACUGUUUUCGGCGAAGGUAGUUACUUUGCCCGGGACGCAAAAUACUCACACAGCUACACCGGUGUCUCUGAUGUCAAAUCCAUGUUCAUCUCCCGGGUGCUGGUGGGAUCCUACACCAAAGGGCACUCCAGCUACCGCCGACCUCCUUCCAAGGACGGCGGGGACAUCAACUUCUUUGACAGCUGCGUAGACGACGUUAUGGACCCUUCCAUCUUUGUUGUGUUUGAGAAGCAUCAGAUCUACCCCGAGUACCUGCUGCAGUACAAGACCCCAGACCCACUUGUCUCCAUGUACGGUGCUGCGGCAGUGCCGGCGCCAGUACCAGUACUGGCGCCAAAACCGGUACCGGCACCAAAACCGGCAAAACCGGCACCGAGACCAGCUCCCCAACCGACCUUGUCAUUUUAUCAACCGAGCACACCCUCGAUCCGACCCAGCGCAUCAGUUUCUCCACCUAGUACAUCCUUAUACAGACCCAGCGCAUCAGUUUCUCCACCCAGUACAUCCUCAUACAGACCCAGCGCAUCUGUUUCUCCACCCAGUCCACCCUCAUACAGACCCAGCACAAGAGUUUCCCCACCCAGUACAUCCUCAUACAGACCCAGCACAUCUGUUUCUCCACCCAGUACACCCUCAUACAGACCCAGCACAUCGUCUUACCGAACCACAGCCUCAUACUACCAACCCAGCCCAAGAUUUGCCCAACCACCGCCAUCGCCAUCUCCUCCACCUAUCUCACCAAAACCAAAGAAAGCUGAUACCUGUGCCAUUGCUUAGGGACAAUGGUGAAGUGGGGGCAGGCCUUUUUUUAAUGGAUAAUGAUAAUUCAAGGAGCUUUAUGGUGCUUGUACAAACUGCUUUGGGUAGUUUGGCAAUGGUAUCCAUUAAAGAGUGCAAUGAGGAGUAGAGUGGCAGUUGCAUCACUUAAGAGUGCUCAUUUAUGUGGAAGAACAUUCUAACUGUAGAAUAAUAAUUCAUCACUCGGAUAAAAACAGUGGAGUAGAAAAAAACAACAACACAGAGAAUUGGAAAUAUUCUGUUCACAGUAGCCGAGUUUCCAUCCAAAGGUAACUCAACUUUUAAAUUUGCAGAAAAAAACAUCUGCAAAAUGCGAACUCGUGCACAUUCCCGCCCGAUGCUGUUGUGCUGUUUUCCCAGUCGGGGGGGCCGUUAAAGCAAUGCAGGAGAAGAGGCAGCAACAAGACCACACAAUUGCGCCCCUGUCAAACCGAGAUGAAAGCGUGAUAUAGAAAUAUGUCAUUUCUGUUGGUUUCGUGCUUCAUGUUUCUGUCUGCCGCUACGUGUAGUAUCUCCACGUGCGUCUUAUACAUCGGGAUUUAUUCACAAAACGUGGGUCAUUUCAUUCAUCAAUACAUCAACUCUCCCACUAAAGACUUUUUGGCAAUAUGUUGACUUUUUCUCUAUUUCCGUCGUGUCACUCUGGUUUCUUUUUUUGGGCAUAAAAACAGACGGAUGGAAAAGCACUUAUUGAGGUGUGGUUCACCUAAAUAUAUGUGAAAUUCAUUUGAGAACGACAGAAAUUUGCUCAGGUAAUUGUAUACAUCACAAUGACAUUGAAAUACUCAUGGUUAUUAUAUAGAAUACAUCCUAUAUAUUAACGAUCACAGACAAGGAUGCUGCUGCACAGCUCCUCUACCAGUAGAGGACGACAAAAUCCUUAUCGGCGUCCUAAAAUGAGCCAUAACAGUAAUAGCUUCAUACAGAUAAGGUUUUGUAGUGUGUAUGUUUGAAGUUCAAGCACCGCUUGUAUGGUUUUUUUUUUGUGUUGAGUGUGACUAAAAACUAAAGAAAUCAGUGUUUUCCAAAUUGUACUGAUUGCAAAACAGAUUUUGUGCAUUUUAAUCAAUAAAUAAAUGUAAUAUUAACAUGAA